GAGUAUUUUCAUACUUUGAAUUUAUUUUUCAGAAACGUUGCUUAACUUAUUUAUUAUCAUUAUGUUCCGUCUUGCACGAACUGCUAACCUUACCUGGAGGGUUUCAGCUCCUCGUAUGUCACGAGCUAUGAGUGAUGAGGGGGCAAUAAGACAAGAAGGUGGAAAACUUGCCAAAAAAGCUGCAGCAGAUGAAAACCAAUAUGUUCGGCAAUUAGAAGCUGAGCAAUUGAAGGCAUUGCGCAAACAUCAUCUUGAAGAGAUUGAGGAGCACAAGCAAGUGAUUGAAAGACUACAAAGUCGCAUCAAACAGCAUGAAGAAAAGCUUCAACAAAUUAAACCACCUGUUACGAAAUAAAAAAUGACCAAAAUUGUUUUCUGGGCGCUUCAUGAUGCAAAAUAAACUCUUUUGAGGAAAAAGUUCACCUAAUUAAAAUGUUCAAAUAAUUUUAUAAUAAAGUCUACAACUACUGUGUUACAAAAAUGUAUUUACAUACAGAUACAUAUUCCGUAUUCCGAACUGUUUUGUUUUGUUCUAACAAAUGUUUGAUGAAAGUUUGAAAUAAAAUGUUGAUAGUUUCAACUUUC